CACAUGACACAUAUCAGCUCUCUAUCUCAACAAAAAAAAAAUGGAGGCAAGCCCAGUGACCGGUGUCAGGCUCUCUUCGGUGGUCCCUGCUUCUGUGGUAGGCGAGAACAAGCCACGACCGCUCACCCCCAUGGACUUAGCCAUGAAGCUCCACUACGUCCGUGCCGUCUACUUUCUCAAGGGUAAACGUGACUUUACCGUCUCCGACUUGAAGACCACCAUGUUUACUCUACUCCAAUCUUAUCAUCACGUCUCUGGUCGGAUCCGGAUGCCUGAAAACGACAACGACCCUUCUUCUGGUCUAGCCUUACCUUACAUUCGCUGCAACGACAGUGGCAUACGCAUUGUCGAGGCCAACGUCGAAGAGUUCACGGUGGAGAAGUGGCUCGACUUGGAAGAUCGUUCCAUUGACCACCGGUUCCUUGUCUACGAUCACGUUCUUGGUCCUGAUCUUUUCUUCUCUCCACUCGUUUUCCUCCAGAUAACUCAAUUUAAAUGUGGGGGGUUCUCUAUUGGGCUGAGUUGGACACAUGUUCUAGGAGAUGUGUUUUCAGCAUCAACUUUCAUGAAAACACUUGGACAGCUAAUGUCGGGUCAUGGCCUACCCGAACUCGUUUACCCGAAAACCCCCGAAAUGACCUCUCAUGACCAUAAUGAUGAAGCUAUUUCCAUAAAGAAGAUAGAAUCGGUUGGCAACUGUUGGUUACUUGCCAAUAAAUGCAAGAUGGGGAGAUACGUUUUUAAUUUUAGCCUCAACCAACUUGAUCGUUUGAUUGCCAAGUACACCACGCAAGACCAACCUCUCUCGGAGAUUGAUAUUCUCUAUGCAUUGAUAUGGAAGUCGCUACUGAAUAUCCGUGGCGAAACAAACACAAAUGUUAUAACCAUUUGCGACAGUAAAAGAUCUACAACCUGUUGGAAUGAUGACUUGGUAAUAAGUGUAGUGGAGAGAAAGGACGAAAUGAUUGGGAUAUCCGAACUAGCUGCACUGAUUGCGGGUGGGAAAAGAGAAGAAAACGGUGUGAUCAAGCAGAUGAUAAAAGAAGAUAGAGGGUCUUCAGAUUUUAUCACGUACGGUGCAAAUUUAACGUUUGUGAAUCUUGACAUGGCAGAUAUGUACGAGUUUGAGAUCAAAGGGGGGAAGCCGGAUUUUGUAAACUACACGAUUCAUGGGGUUGGGGACAAAGGUGUUGUUUUGGUUUUCCCCAAGGAAAAGUCUGCAAGGAUUGUGAGUGUGGUGAUGCCUGAAGAGGACCUUGCAAAACUCAAGGAUGAGGUGACUAAUAUGAUUAUGUAACUUUCUAUUUUGUUCUUGUGGUGUCCAACUACUAUACGUUAUUUACACUUUGUAAUUUUAUUGGCAUAUUCGGAAUUUCUUUUGACUCUUCUUGUAUCGGUGAUGACAUUGAUUAUCCAAAUUGUUGGGAACCCUAAAUAAAAUGUUACUAUUAUUUACU